UGAGAGGCAGGUGAGCGCAGCCAGCAGGUGUGUCUCUCCCGCGCCAGGCAGGGCGGCGGUGAUGUCAAAGCGGGAGGAGGGAGGCUGGCAGGCAACUGCUAAGCAACAGGUUCCAGAUCAGAAUCUCCCUUUCGAAGCAUUCGCCGCCGUCCUUGCACAGUCCUGGGAUCAGGUGGCGACCCUGGGCCAUGGGGAGCCAAGCCGUCAGCCCCUAUGGGGACAAGUUGAAACAUGACCCGACUUUCCACGGCCCCAUCAAAAAUAGGAGCUGUACUGACAUUAUCUGCUGUUUUAUCUUCACGGUUUUCAUCGCUGGCUACAUCGUGGUGGGGAUUCUGGCCUGGCUGUACGGUGAUCCCCGGCAGGCUAUUUAUCCCAGGAAUUCAACUGGAGCAUAUUGCGGAAUUGGCGAAAACCGGGGCAAACCUUUCGUUUUCUACCUCAACAUUAUGAAGUGCGCCACAAGCUUCAACGUCAUAUCAGCUGCGAUGAGCGGAUUGCAGUGCCCUACACCGCAAAUCUGCGUCCCGUCCUGCCCUUCCAAGUUCUGGGCGGUGCCUCCGCAGAUUAUCCAAAAGGAUAAACCCGAGGACAUAUGGAACCAGACCCUGUGCCAGCCCACGAUUAACCUCACGACGACCAGCCUGAGUGUGUCAGAAAUUCUCAACCUGCAACUUUGUCCAGAAUUCACUGUCCCGUCCGAGCCAGUACUGAGCCGUUGCUUCCCUACUUUUAACAUCUCUCAAGCUGAAUCCUUCAAUGUGGGCGGGAUGGAUAAAAAUAAAACUCUGGACACUAUCAAGAAUGGCACAGAACAGCUGUUGCAGUCUCUGGGUGCCAAGAACCUUGGGCUGAAAAUCUUUGAGGAUUUCACACGGUCGUGGUACUGGAUCUUGAUAGGGCUGCUGAUUGCCUUGGUGCUGAGCCUGAUAUUCUUGCUGCUGCUACGUUGCAUCGCUGGGGUUCUGGUGUGGAUCCUCAUUGUUGGGGUGCUGGUCGCCGCGGCCUACGGGAUCUACCACUGCUAUAUGGAGUACCGUGAGCUCGACCAGAAAGGAGCCACCAUCAAGAACAUUGGCUUCACCACAGACGUGGGCGCCUACCGCAGCGUCAAGGAGACGUGGCUGGCCGCCAUGAUCAUCCUCUGCGUGGUUGAAGGCAUCAUGCUCCUCACCCUCUUGUUCCUGCGCAAGCAGAUCCUGAUCGCCAUUGCUCUCAUCAAGGAAGCCAGCAGAGCCAUUGGGUACAUGAUGAGUUCUCUUUUCUACCCGUUGCUGACCUUUGUCUUGCUGGUGAUAUGUGUGGCCUACUGGGGUAUUACUGCUCUAUAUCUCGCCACCUCUGGAGCGCCCCUCUAUCGCAUCGCUCCCAAAAAUGAUAGUUCCCCAGACUGCAUAGGGAUCUCUGGGAACGAGAGCUGUAGCCCAUUGACAUUCAACGCCUCCACCUACUGGCCCUGCCUGGUGGAUUGCAUCUUCUUCAAAUACAACGACCAAGGGCUCUUCCAGCGCAACCUCUUCAACCUUCAGAUCUACAACUUUGUGGGCCUCCUCUGGUGCAUUAACUUUGUCAUUGCCCUGGGGCAGUGUGUGCUGGCGGGGGCCUUUGCCUCUUACUACUGGGCCUUCAAGAAGCCCCAGGAUAUCCCGGCCUGUGCUGUGUGCAACGCCUUCGUCCGGACGUUACGAUACCAUAUAGGAUCUCUUGCUUUUGGUUCCCUCAUCCUCACUAUCGUCCAACUGAUCCGCAUCGUGCUGGAAUAUAUGGACCACAAGUUAAAAGGUUCCGGUAACAAGGUUGCCAAGUGCCUGCUUUGCUGCAUGAAGUGUUGCUUUUGGUGUCUGGAGAAGUUCGUCAAGUUCCUCAACAGAAACGCCUACAUCAUGAUUGCCAUUUAUGGAAAGAAUUUCUGUGUGUCGGCCAAAAAUGCAUUCAUGCUUCUGAUGCGCAAUGCUGCCAGAGUUGUAGUCCUGGAUAAAGUCACAGACCUGCUGCUGUUUUUCGGGAAGCUCUUGGUAGUUGGCGGAGUUGGCAUUCUGUCGUUCUUCUUCUUCACUGGGCGAAUUCCCAUCGAUAAACCCGAGUUCAAAUCUCCCGUCCUCAACUACUAUUGGCUGCCCAUCCUGACUGUUGUGGUAGGCGCCUACUUCAUAGCCCAAGGUUUCUUCAGCGUCUACAAUAUGUGUGUCGACACGCUGUUCCUCUGUUUCUUGGAAGACCUGGAGCGGAAUGAUGGCUCCCAGAGCAAGCCGUAUUACAUGUCCAAGUCUCUCAUGAAUAUCCUCAACAAGAAGAACAAAAAUGGCAAGGCCAAGUAGAAGAAAAUUUGGUGUUACUGGUCCACAUCAUCUCUUGCUACAGUAUAUUGCUUCCUGGCUUUUAGGCCCCAGGCCUGUCUCAAGAGCACUUUAACAUAUCCCUUCCCUUGCUUUCCUUUCCAGUGCAUUUUGAACACAUUUCAGCCUUUUGGGCCUUGCCACUCUUGCCUCACGUUGUCUUGCUCCGUGUCGGCCAUAUUGAUUUCUUAAAUGGUGCCAUAUUGAGAAGACAUUCUCCUCCGCCUCCUUCUUUACUGGCCAUCUUAUUUUAGAGCCCACCUUUUAAAUGAAGGCAGCCAUUUUAACAUGUUGCCCUUCCCUCUGGUCCACCCAUUUGGGGUUGUAUCCAACCAAGAUGUCCUGUUCAUCCCAAGGGCUGCUGAAUUGCCCCACACAUCACACGAUGUCACAUGAUGUGUUCUGCCCAGCGUGCAAGCGCUUGUGUGCCAGGCUGGGCAGGCGUCCCGUUCCCACUGCUGCAAUGCCGGUGCUUCCCCACACGUUGAUUCUGUGCCAGUGCCAACGUUUCCCUCCACGCUGGUGUUUUGCUGCCCAUCUUGUCUUCCAACCCUGCAGACAUCUUCACGAGAAGCCAUCCCACUUCUUUUUGGCAUGGGCCUCGUCACGUCCAACCCAGCGAAAAAGACGUUUGGCCAAUAUUUGCGAUGUUACCCCACCAGAUAUCUUGCUAGAUUUUAUAGGCCACAGUAAAACAAGUGUCCUUUCCUUUAGGGCUCAGCUGAUGUUCUUUCGCGGGCUAUGCAACUUCUCAGUAAACAGCAUUUUCCAGGUCUGUGUGCCAUUCUCUGAGUUAAAUCGGGUGAUCAGGAAGCACUCGGGAGAACCUCUUCUAAAAACCUAUCACACAGAGAGGCAGUCAGCUUUAGCUGCCUACGGUGUGGUAAGCUCAGUGUUAGACUGUUCCCCCGGCUUUUGUAGUGAGGAGAAGUAGACAGUGAGAUGGCUGGAAGCUACGAUUGAUCUCCUCCCCAACUGGUUACAACUACUCCAUGGCAAACUUUUCAAACAGCUUAUAUAACUCCCAUCUGCACAGCUGUCAACCGUCCCUUAUUUGGUGGGAAACUCCCUUAUCCCAGCGCCGUGUCCCGCUGCGGUCCCUUAUUGAUGGUGUCCCUUAAAUUUCCCAGCUUUCAUGCUCACCCGGCUCAGGAGGAAAGCAGCGGCUCGGGGUCCUCUGCUGCGAGAGCGAGCGCGCACUGGCGCUGUCGUCCUGGCGCGAGGAGUUUCAUCACCCGAGAGAGAAGGGGGGAGGGAGAGAGACUCUUGCCCACACCGCCCCCGAGCCUGGAGGUGGCAGCGGUGGCGGCGGCUGAGGAGGCGGCCUGAGGGAGGAGGAAGAGGAGGGGAUGGGGAGGGACGCAGAAGGGCGCCACCGCAACCGCCUCAUCCCGGAUUGCCAGCAUUUUUCAAUCCUACCAAUGUAUGUAACUCUUUACAACAGCAAAAUCCCUUAUUUUGGCUGCUGAUCCCUUAUUUUUGAGGCUGCUGGUCCCUUAUUUUCAAAUAUGUAAGUUGACAGCUAUGCCCAUCUGCCAUCCUGGUUUUUCAGGCCCAACUGUGCCAAUUCCUGAUUACGUUGUUCUCUUUCAGAAUAUCUUGACCUUUUUCUUUUUUGCUUUAGCAUUGGCCGCACGUCCAACAAAGAGUGGUGCUUUCAAAUCGAGUGAAACAAAUGGGCUGAAUCACACUUAGCUCUGCCAUGCACGGUAAUCAUUUUGUUGCCUAAGUGCCUUCAUUGACAAAUUGGGUUAUCCUUUUCCCACUUAAUUUCCCGGUGAUUUUGUUUGACUCCUAAACUAUUUUGGCCCCGGUCCACUUCCUGUCAGCCAUUCUGUUUGGCUGGGGAGUUUUUUAUUCAAAAUGCUAAAAAUGUACUGUAUAUAGACUUUUUUUCUUUCUGUACAAAAAUAAUAAUUUUAUAGAAAGGAUACAAAUUUAUUAAAGCUGAUUUUAAGUAAA